AUGCCGAGCAUACCUUUGGUUGCUGAACUCGGUGCCAAAAGCACUGAAUUUCAGCGUUUGCUCGAUACGACUGAAGCACCAGAAGCUGUGAAGAAGAAGCUUCGUCCGACCAUGGACCCAGAGGAACUUUUCACGUCGCAGGAUUCCCGAAUUUUUGUGCGAUGUCGUCCUAUCAUACCCUUUGAUCAGGAAGAUAUGAAUAACAAAAGCAUUAUUGUUAAAGUGGAGGGGCGUCGUGACCUUGUUGUAAUGGCUCCGAAAAUUUCCUUAGCGGGACAAUGCCUACUUGAGCCCCAUAGUGUGAAUCUCGAUGGUGUCUUUGCUGGGACGGAUGAUACAGAAAAGGUAUACAGGGAGUCGUGUUACCCUCUCGUAAACUUAUCGGUUGAAGGCGCAUCUACUUGUGUUUUGUGUUAUGGACAAACAGGAAGCGGAAAAACGUACACGACAACGGGUAUUCUACAACUUGUGUCGAAGGAUCUGGCUCCAUAUUUCGCCACACAUGAUAUAUUCAUUACGGUCAUUGAGAUCCGGGCGAGCAAAAACAUUGAUCUUCUUACAGGCACCGAUGCACAGGUUGUUGAAGAUGUAUCUGGAGAACUCAAGAUCCGUGGUGCCGAUGCCUUUGAAUGUUCUAAUGAAGAAAUGUUAUGGGCAGCUUUUGAAGAGGCAGCUUCACAGCGAAUGACAAAAGCAACUGGUCGAAAUGAGGCAUCUUCGCGUUCGCAUAUGGUGACAUGCAUACGAAUUGUUUCCAAAAACAGCACUUGGGCAAAACCUGGAGAGCUUUUUAUAGUCGAUCUGGCGGGGAGCGAAAACACAGCCGAUAGUGCAACACAUGAUAAAGAACGGCAAAUGGAAGCCAAGUUUAUCAAUACUUCGCUGAUGACUCUAAAGGAAUGCAUUCGUUCCCGUGCCAUGGCGGCCACGAGUUCAAAUCACUUGCAUAUUCCAUUCAGGAGGUCACCCUUGACACUUUUGCUUCGAGAUUGCUUUGAAAUUGCCGUGAGACGGCCAACCAAGACGGUGAUGAUAGCAUGUGUCUCACCUCUAUUAAGAGAUUCCAGGCACACAAUUAAUACUUUGAGAUAUGCAGCCCUACUUGCGGUAUCUCCACCAGCGCGCGUUGUUGCUGAUGACCCCGACGAUCCAAAUGGGUUUGACAGAAAACAAGCACUGGAGUUUUUGUGUCAGUGUUCAAGAGGAAGGAUCACAGCACCCGAGUUUAUUCUCCCCGAAGGAGACGGACGCACUUUGGUUCACAUUCCAGAAGCAGAGUUCAUUCGUCGUAUAAUGGAAUCGCACGCCAAUAUUGGUGAAAAGGGAGCAAAACAGAUAUAUACAUCAGUAUGGCAGAAGGUUGUCGACGCUAGAACAAAGGGCCGAAAGGUUAUGACAGCAGCAAAGAAGGCGCCCAUCGGUCCAAGAUGUGCUUAUUCAAGGAAGUGA